AUGCUGGUGCCCGUGUUCACCCUGAAGCUCAACCACAGGAUCCUGCCCCGCAUGGUGGCGCUGGGCAAGUACGAUGGGACCCACCCGUGCCUGGCGGCCGCCACCCAAGCGGGCAAGGUUUUUAUUCAUAAUCCUCAUGCCCGUGGCCAGCAUGUAAGUGCAAAUCGUAUGAUGCAAAGCAGCCAGGAUUCAGAUAUUUCUCUUCUCAACAUUAACCAGGGAGUCAGCUGCCUAGCAGCCGGAGUGCUGAAUCCCCAGCUUGGCUAUGAUUGUCUUCUAGUUGGAACACAGACUAACUUGUUGGCUUACGAUGUGUACAACAACUCGGAUUUGUUUUACAGAGAGGUUACAGAUGGAGCUAAUGCGAUAGUGCUUGGAAUGCUAGGAGAUAUUUCAUCUCCUCUUGCUAUUAUUGGUGGAAACUGUGCUCUGCAGGGCUUUGAUCAUGAAGGAAAUGAUCUUUUUUGGACGGUUACUGGGGACAAUGUUCGUUCAUUAGCAUUGUGUGAUUUCGAUGGUGAUGGGAAAAAAGAGCUUCUUGUUGGGUCUGAGGAUUUUGACAUCAGGGUUUUUAAAGAAGAUGAGAUUGUGGCAGAAAUGUCCGAAACAGAGACUAUCACUGCACUGAGCCCCAUGUAUGGCAGUCGAUUUGGCUAUGCCCUAUCUAAUGGUACAGUAGGCGUUUAUGACAAGACAGCCCGCUACUGGAGGAUUAAAUCUAAAAAUCAUGCAAUGAGCAUACAUGCAUUUGACCUUAACUCUGAUGGAGUAUGUGAAUUGAUUACUGGAUGGUCCAAUGGGAAGGUUGACGCACGCAGUGACCGAACUGGGGAGGUCAUCUUUAAGGACAACUUUGCUUCCUCAAUUGCAGGAGUGGUAGAGGGGGAUUAUAGAAUGGAUGGUAACACCCAGUUAAUCUGCUGUUCAGUUGAUGGUGAAGUACGUGGCUACCUGCCAGGAAGCCAGGAGAUGAAAGGAAACUUGAUGGAUACCAGUGUGGAACAGGAUCUGAUUCGGGAACUUAGUCAAAAGAAACAAAAUCUGCUGCUGGAAUUACGAAACUAUGAGGAAAACUCAAAGGCUGAACUGAGCGCUCAGGUGAACGAAGCUGACGGGCAGAGGGGAGUGAUUCCAGCUAACACCCAGCUGCAGACAGCCCUGUCAGUGAACCUGGGCUCUGACAGUCAGGCUGCCCACGUAGAGUUGUGUAUUUCCACAUCUAAUGACACAAUGAUCCGAGCCGUGCUGAUCUUUGCUGAAGGGAUAUUUGAAGGCGAGAGCCAUGUGGUUCAUCCCAGUCUCCAGAACCUCUCGGGUCGCAUUCAGGUUCCCCUUACUCCUCCCAAAGAUGUCCCUGUGGAUUUACACAUCAAAGCCUUUGUGGGUUACAGAAGCAGCACACAGUUCCAUGUCUUUGAACUGACAAGACAGCUACCCCGCUUUUCAAUGUAUGCUUUGAGCAGCCCCGACUCGGCCCCUGAACCUCUAAGCUUUGUUAACUUUACCAUCAGUGAGAGGGUACAAAGGGUUGUCAUGUGGUUGAACCAGAGCUUUCUGUUACCAGAGGAUGCAGAGCUCCAAAGCGCACCUUUUCAAGUCUGUUUCACUUCCCUGCGUGAUGCAGGACAGCUGUGCAUAAAAAUCAAACCCAAUGGGGAGAUUUCUAUCAGCACGGAUGAUAUAGAUCUAGCCGGUGACAUUAUCCAGUCAAUGGCCUCCUUCUUGGCAAUUGAAGACUUGCAGGUGGAAGCAGAUUUCCCUGCGUACUUUGAGGAGUUGCGGAAAGUGCUAGUUAAGGUGGAUGAAUUUCAUACAGUCCAUCAGAAACUCACUGCCGACAUGGCGGACCACUCCAACCUUAUCCGCAGUAUGUUGGUUCGAGCAGAAGAUUCACGCCUCAUGGGAGACAUGAGAAAUAUGAAGAAACGGUACAUGGAACUCUAUGAUCUUAACAGAGAUUUACUUAAUGAGUAUAAAAUUCGCUGCACCAACCACACCGAGCUGUUAAACAAUCUCAAAUCCGUAAAUCAAGCUAUCCAGCGAGCAGGGCAGCUGCGUGUUGGGAAACCCAAGACGCAGGUGAUCACUGCGUGCCGGGAUGCCAUUAGAAACAACAACCUAAAUAUGCUCUUCAGGAUAAUGCGAGUGGGGACUGCAUCCUCGUAAAAGGGGAAUAGUGACUGCCUGGCGAUGGUACUUCCUUACACCAGGUGAUCCUAGACAAAUGAACAGAUGUAUA